UUUUUUUACAGCCUUGACCCAAUCUAGAUUGUUGCCAUGGAUACAUUACAAGAUGAACAAGCAAACUACAGAGUAUUAAGUAUUCAGUCUCAUACCGUCUCUGGUUAUUGUGGUAACAAGGCAGCUGUAUUCCCCCUUCAAACACUCGGAUUUGAUGUAGAUAUAUUAAAUACGGUUCAGUUUUCAAACCAUACAGGUAAUUUGAUAACAAUGAUUUUUCCACAAAAGAAUAAAAAAAAAUGGGGCUUUUCCUGAUCCAGUCUAUUUUUAGGUUAUCCCUCUUUUACAGGGAAUAAGAUGACAGCCGAGAAUGUACAAGAUUUAUUUGAAGGUUUAGAAAGUAACGGAUUAAUUGAUGACUAUAGU